AUGUAUACUUUGUUGGUGUUCAUACUGUCGAAUCCUCUGCAUAUCCUAUUAAAAGCACGCUCUUACACAGGAACCUUUUCGGCAUGCACUAAGGACAAUGCAGUUGUUCGUAGAUUGCAAUCUAACGAUCUGUUUCUGCUGUUGGCUAAUCCAAUUAAAGUGGCCGCAGAGGACAACCUACCACAAUCUGUUGACUUAAGGGAGUACGGCCUUAUGACUCCUGUCAGAAACCAGGGUAAGUGCGGCUCGUGCUGGGCGUUUGCAACCGUUGCAGCCUUCGAGGCGUGUGCCCUGUAUGAUGGCGUCCUUUACCCUUACGGAAGUCCACUUGGCAGACACACAGACCUCCUGCACAUCUCUGAGGAGUUUGAAAUCUUGAGCUCCACGUCCAAUAACCUCUGCUCAAGUGGCAACGUGGUGCGAUUGAUUAAUGACCACCUGACGGGAGUAAUUCCCACUGUAGAAUUGGAGGAAAACUUUCCUUACAGUUUGAGUGACAAUACUGAAAGCGAGCCCCCCGCACACCCCCUGCAGCCUGCGAUUCCACCCGAGGAGUAUGUGCUUCCAAUUUAUUCUGAGACAAAGCUAGGGCAUAAAGCAGGGGUCAUAGUGCUUUACAACAGAGACAAUCCCUAUAAUGACUCAAUUGCACAGCUGGUGAAAACGUAUCUGUCACUGGGGGUUCCUGUGAUGGCUACGAUUAACACGUGGGCUAAUGGAAGGAAAGGUCACCGGUUAAUUAAGCGUUAUCGCGGUGGCAUUUUGAGCGCACCGUGCCGUAAUACAAGCCUGGAUCACGAGGUGCUCAUUGUUGGAUAUGGACGGUAUCGAGGUACUGCCGUUUGGAUAGUUCGCAAUUCUUGGGGAGCUGACUGGGGAGUCUAUGGGUAUGCAUAUGUGGCCCAGGGCGGUGACAGCUACUGCUUGGAGCACAGUGCCAUUGCUGUUCUUCCCCGGACACUCGAUCCGACCGCCAAGUACGCAUCCUUCUCUACGCAUCCACCUCCGUCUCCGCUCCUCCGGCCGAUAUAUGAGGGCACUAUUGUACGCUGUGAAAACGGGCUCGAUGCUGAUCCACCGGAGGGUUGCAGCCCAUUCACUAGGGGCAGCUCGCCCGCGCUCGGGGCCAGCAUCGCCCUCAUACUCACAACCAUAGCAGCUAUAGGGAAAUUUACUCACCAGCCCAGCCCCUUAAUCAACCUUCGUCGUCAUGAUCGCGUCGAAAAUGCGAGUGUCAGGAACAAGGUCACUGAAGCAAUAAUCACCGAAGUGCUCGGAAUUAUCGGAUAA